AUGAUUGCAGUGUCCAAGAUUGUCUUCGCUGUCGGACAGGUGAUCCUGACACAUUCUUCCGUUUUUCGUAGCCAGGAAGAAGUGGCUUUCGGAAAUCCUCUAUACUAUUUCUACGCCCCUAAUCAACAAAUGUGCUUGAAGGCUUGUUAUGAAGAGAGUAACUGCACUUAUGCAGUCCAUCAACAGAAAGAAGUAUAUAUGUAUUAG